AAAAUACCUAAAAUUGGUAGGUAUACAGGUACAAAUAUUAACUUUUAUCUCGUAGACAAAAUAGUGUUCCUAACAGGUGCGGAAAGUAUCUUUGCCGCACUAGUUAGGAGAUAUACUAUUUUGGCAUCCAAAUGCUUCAUAAUUUUGAAAAAAGCAUAGAUUUUCAACUACAAACAGAUGACGCCACGUCGAAAUGUACCUUAAAAAGCAGCGUUGUCAAGUCUUGCCUACGCCAACAAAUCAUAUGUCAACAGGACUUUUAAAUUUCCCGUUUGUUUUUGUUUACAUUUUCAUUACUACUUUACUUACUGCACUAGCAAGUAAAAAAAAAAUUAAUUAAAAUAAAUAUAUAUUUCUGGUGAAAAUCAUGCCAUUGACUGGAUGCAAGCAUUUGCAGCAAUUCAAAGCCAACCCUUCGAAUAUGGAAACCCUCAAAUGGAUCCAUGCGGUCUUUGUGGUAGGCUCGAAAUUUCGUCCUCUAAAACUAUUCAAUUCUCAUUGCCAAUUGUGCAGCAGACGAGGCCCCUAUUUACACACUUGCAUAGAUUGUGUUUAUUUCGGAUGUCAUCAACACAUUCGUCAACACGCCCAUAGUCUAGAUCAUAAUUUUGCCUUGGAACUGUAUUUUGGUCAGCUUUAUUGUAAGAGUUGUGCUGAUUACAUUUACGAUCAUGAUUUAGAUGAAAUUGCUUUAGAGAAUAGAAUGAAAUCGAAAAAGUAUCUAAAGAGGCUUUUCGAGUGUGUUUCUUGGGACCAUUUAGAAGAAGAACGGGUAUUAUUAUCAAACAGAACUAAAAAGAUUUGUAUUAGUCCUGAAACUACUAUAGGCCUUAGAGGUCUGAUUAAUUUAGGAGCCACAUGUUUUAUGAAUUGUAUAGUUCAAGCCCUAAUGCAUACACCCCUUUUGCGUGACUAUUUUUUAACCGAGCGCCAUUUUUGUAAGGCCACUAUAAAUGCUUGUCUUGUCUGUGAAGUGUCGAAACUAUUCCAAGAAUUCUAUAAUGGGGAUAAGACUCCUUUAGCUUUGAACGAAUUACUUCAUUUAAUUUGGACACAAAAAACUGAUUUAUGUGGAGACAAGCAGCAUGAUGCUCACGAGUUUUUUAUGGCCGCUCUAGAGUUGUUACAUAAACAUUAUACAGAGUCAGGGAAAAAUCGUUCGGGUGUUGAAAGUAGUAGUAGAUGUUCAUGCAUUAUCCAUCAAAUAUUCACUGGGGGGCUUCAGAGUGACAUAGUUUGUCAAAAUUGUAAAGGCGUGAGGACUACUACAGAUCCUACUUUGGAUUUUGCAUUGGAUUUAGGUUCGGUUACUGAAGGUGGUAGAUCUACGUGUUCACUGAUUGAUUGUUUGGAAAAUUUUACAAAAUCUGAGCAAUUAGAGAAAAUCAUGUGUGAAAAUUGCGGUUCUAAGCAAGAAAGCACUAAACAGUUAACUAUAAGAACUCUACCUAUAGUUGCCACGUUUCAUUUGAAAAGAUUCUCACACUCUGAUGCUGGUAUUAAAAUUUCUACAGCUAUAAAUUUUCCUGAUAUCCUAGAUAUGACACCAUUUAUGACCAAAAAGAAAAAGAAAUCGCCAUUCUCUACUGAUAAUAGAUAUUCUUUGUUCGCAGUUAUAAACCAUUCUGGAGAUUCUGCUAAUGAAGGGCAUUAUAUUGCAUUUGUUAGGCAACAUUAUAAUUACUGGUAUAAGUGUAACGAUGAAGUUAUCACACAAGUUACUUUGAAGGAUGUUCUAGCUUCCGAGGGUUACAUUCUGUUUUAUCACAAGCAAGUUUUAGGGUACGAAUAAAUAAUUAACGUAAGUAUUUAUUUGAACUUUAAUAUUUUUCCAAGGCAAUAUUAAGUAUUGCUUGGGCAUGUAAUAAUUUUAUUUUACAAUUUUUUUUUACAACUAUUAUACCUAUUGAUGUAAAUUUAUAGUGGCCUAUGUGCUUAGUAAUUAUUGUAAUUUAUGUAAUGGUUAUUGUUUUAUUAUUUUUGGUAAUAUUAUACAUACAUUAUACAAUAUACAAGUUGAAAAAAAGUGUCUUAUUUCAUAGCAAAACGCACUUUUGUGGUGGUGUUUCUCAGUUUCUCCAAUAUUAUGCAAAAUAUGUGAAGAACAAAAAUAUGUAUAUCCUAUUCACAAUCCGUAGUCUAAAGGUAAAGGUAAAUGUAUCACCUUUCCCUAUCAAAUAGCACUGAAAAGUGAUAAAUUUUACCUUUACGUUUGGACAUCGGAUUGUGAAUUGAUAAUAUUACAUUAAUUUCAAGGACUAAGUAUAGGGAUAGUGGAGAUAUAUGAAUAGUAGGCAGCUUGCCCUUGAGAAAAC